CGAUAAAGCGUUAUCUAUAGUAGCAGAAGCAUAUCCUAAUUUGAGAUAUCUCAAUCUGUGGGACGCUCAAGCAAUAUCUGAUAAAGGCUUAUGUGCAAUUGUACAAUCAUGUAAAUUAGAACAUCUAAAUAUUUCGUACUGCAGAAAUAUUACUGAUAAAUCUUUGUUUGAAAUCACAGAAAAUUGUCAUGAUUUGCAAGAGUUCCAUUUUGCUGAAGCAUAUUGGAUCACUGAUAAAUCUAUAUGUUGCAUCAUAAACUCAUGCCCAAAUUUACGAAAUCUUGAUAUUGCAUUUAGCAAGGGGAAAAUCAAAGAUGCUA